CUUAAAGAUACGCUACAACAAAUGCCUCUGUAACGUUACCUCUAAAAUGUGUAAUCUACUUUCCUCUUGAAUUAAGUAUUUUGUCCUGUUUUUACCUCUCUCUUAGGACCUAUGGAGGCCCAAACGCGAAUAAAUAAAUAUAUAAAUAAAUCAUGCAAUCUGCAUAAAGUUAAAUCCAAAGUUUUCAAAUUAUUCCACUGAACUUUUAUUUUGAAAGAAGCUUCUGUAGUUUCAGUCUUCACAAAUUCUCAUAGAGUUGGCUUAGCUGGCUGUCAGCACAGUCUUCUUUACCAUUUUCCAGCCAUAAAAUUUGUGUUUAUCGAAAUGUUGAUAAUUUUGUGUACUGGUCAGUAACAGACACUUGAACUGGUUAUUUUCGCAAUGGGUGGAAAGAAAAAGAAGUCGGCAGCAGUUCCCACGAGUGUGCAGCAGCCGGCUGCUGCAGGGAACAGUGCUGCUGUGAACGCAUCUGAAUCCACGGGCAAAAAACACCAAAAGAGACCAAACAAUGAGAAAUCAGCCUCGAAGGAAAACAAACUCAGAGCACCUAAAACAUACAGUCUUAACACUAAUGCGCAGACUGAUACAGGCAUGUCUGAUAAAUCAAUCCUGAAGGUUGUCAUCCAUCCAGAACUGGAAAAGAAGGUGAUCAAGUUGAUCAAUGAUUAUAGGCAAGAACAUGCUGAUAAAGGACCAAUAUCUGGGAGACUCACAUCCAAAAAGUUGCUGGAUUUGUACACGGCCUUGCAAAUGUUCCAGUUUAAGACGGAGCACAUCGAGGAGGCCAUGAAGAGCAGUGUGUUGUAUGGAGGCGAUCUGCACUCAGCGCUCGACUGGCUCUGUCUGAAUCUCAGAGACGAUGAGCUACCGGAGGGAUUCAGCCAGAAGAUGCAAGAGGAGAAACAGAAGACUCGCCCUAAGUUCCAGCCUCCUAGAGAGGACAAGCAACAGCCUGUUACCAAGAAAGAAGCACCCAAAGAGGAGGAGAAACCUAAGGCAAAGACUCCUAUAAAAGAUGGUGGUGGCAGUAUGAAGGAGUGGAUACUGCGCUACGCUGAACAAUCUGAAGAUCAGAGCAGCGAAGAAGAUGAAGGACACAGGGACACAAGUGUUUAUAACCCAGAGUUGGAGGAGAAGUUUGAUCCUAAUGACAGAUACCUGCAGCUGAGCGCUCAGCUGUAUGAUGCAAAGGACAUGGCUGCUGGAUCAAAAGCCAAGAAAGACAAAGCAGGGCAGAGGACAGCACAAGAUCGGAUCAGAGUCAUCCAGCAAGAAAUGAAGUCUUUGGAGUGUCAUCCAAUGUUCAAUUCAGCGAUCAAAGUUAAAGACACUCCUAAAGAGGACAAGAAGCCAGUUACACUCACUGAUGGCAAAGAGGAAAUCAACUUCAACCUCUUUGAGGAAGAAGACAAACCACCAGCAGAAAAAACUGAGAAAAAAAAGGAGCCCAAAGACAUCCGAAACUUUGACUACACAUCAAGGAGCUGGACUGGGAAGUCACCUAAACAGUUUUUGAUUGAUUGGUGCAGGAAAAACCUCCCGAAGAGCCCUCCACCUUCCUUUCAGAAAGUUGCAGUCGGGAGAUAUUGGAAAUGCAAAGUACGCAUUCAGAGGCCUGAUGAUGUUUUGGAGGUGUGUCCCACUAUCCUGACUGAAGACGGCAUGCAGGCCCAGCACUUAGGAGCCACGUUAGCCCUUUAUAAACUAGUCAAAGGACAGUCUGUGCAUCAGCUGCUGCCACCCACCUACCGUGACGUGUGGCUUGAGUGGCGAGAUGACGAACAAAAAGAGGAGGAGCAAACCCGCUCUGCCAUCAACAAACCACGUGACCAGUUUAUCGCACGUCUGCUCACUCGCCUCAAACAGCAGCAAGCCCUCCAACUGCAGGCCGAGCCGCAGGAAAGUCUCCAGGACGCAGAACCAGAAGACUCCUGGGAGAACCUGGACAUGCAGGAGGACCACGAGCCCAAGCGGGGAGGAGGCCUCAUGAUGGAGGAGGCGUCCCGGAGGCUGUUCCUCAAACUGCGAGGCUCUCCUGUGGCACACAGGCUGCUGGCUGAGAGGGAGCAGCUGCCCGUUUUCCAGCACCGUGAGAAGGUGCUAGAGGCUCUACGGCGCCACCGCGUGCUGGUGAUUGCGGGGGAAACGGGAAGUGGGAAGAGCACACAGAUUCCUCAGUUCAUCCUGGAAGAGCUCCUGGCUGCUGGGGAGGCCGCGCAGCCGUGCAAUGUGGUGGUGACGCAACCCAGAAGAAUUUCAGCCACAAGUCUGGCCAGCAGGGUGUCACAGGAGCUGGGGAGUGAGGAUGGACCGGGAGGCAAGAAUUCACUGUGUGGAUACCAGAUCCGGAUGGAGAACCGCUCUAGUGACGCCACACGACUGCUGUACUGCACCACUGGAGUUCUGCUGCGCAAACUACAGCAGGACCAGCUCCUCAGCUCCCUCACUCACAUCAUCGUGGACGAGGUUCACGAGCGAAGCGUACAGUCAGAUUUCCUUCUCACCAUACUAAAAGAAGUGGUGCAUAAGCGCACAGAUCUGCGUUUGAUCUUGAUGAGCGCUACAGUCGACUGUCAGAAGUUUGCCAACUACUUCAACCGCUGUCCUGUGGUCACCAUACCCGGCAGAACUUUCCCUGUGGAGGUGUUUCACCUGGAGGAUAUCGUGGAGGAGACGGGUUAUGUGCUGGAGCAGGACUCGGAGUACUGUCAGAAGUAUGUGGAGGAAGAUGAUGAGAUCAACAUCAGCAUCACACAGAAAGGAGGGAAGACUAUUCAGCACAAGGAGCUGAUUGUGAGGGACUCUGGUUCAGGUUGGGAUCUGGGCCCUGAGCUGGAUCACUUCAGCAGCCGGACACGACACGUCCUGCAGUACAUGAACCCCAGCAAGAUAAAUAUGGAUCUGAUAUUAGACCUGCUGGCAUACCUGGAUAAAUCACCUCAGUUUCGUGAUGUGGAUGGUGCGGUUCUGGUCUUCCUCCCAGGCCUGGCUCAUAUUCAACAGCUGCAUGAUCUACUGACCACAGACAAGAGAUUCAGCUCAAAGAACAGAUACAAGCUAGUUGCUCUCCACUCCACACUGUCAUCCCAGGACCAGUCUUCUGCAUUUACAGUGCCCCCUGCUGGAGUGAGAAAGAUUGUUCUGUCCACAAACAUCGCUGAGACUGGCGUCACCAUUCCUGAUGUGGUCUUUGUCAUUGACACAGGAAAAACAAAAGAAAAUCGGUAUCAUGAAAGCAGCCAGAUGAGCUCUCUGGUGGAGACGUUUGUGAGUAAAGCCAGUGCCCUCCAGAGGCAGGGACGGGCAGGACGUGUUCGAGAGGGCUUCUGUUUCCGUCUUUAUCCCAAAUUCAGAUUUGAGAGCUUCAUUGACUACUCCAUCCCAGAGAUUCUCCGAGUGCCUUUGGAGGAGCUUUGCCUUCAUAUUAUGAAGUGUGAAUAUGGCUCUCCAGAGGAUUUCCUGUGUCGCGCUCUCGAUGCGCCUCAGCCACAGGCCGUGUGUAAUGCUGUCAGCCUGCUGAGGAAGAUCAGCGCCUGUCAGCAAGAUAGCCACACCCUAACACCGCUUGGUCAUCACUUGGCUGCCCUUCCAGUCAAUGUCAAGAUUGGCAAAAUGCUUAUCUUCGGUGCCAUUUUUGGCUGCCUUGAACCCAUUGCCACCAUUGCUGCAGCCAUGUCUGAAAAGUCCCCGUUUGCUAUUCCUAUGAACAGGAAGGAGGAGGCCAACCUGGCUAAAUCUGCUCUAGCAGUUGCAAACUCAGAUCACAUGACCAUCUUCAAUGCUUACCUUGGGUGGAAGAUUUCACGGAGCGAGGGAACUCGUGCAGAGAUGGCCUACUGCAGGAGACACUUCCUGAAUCGCACUGCCCUCAUGACGAUUGAGGAUGUGAAGCAGGAGCUCAUUAGGAUGGUGGAGCAGGCCGGUUUCACAGCCUCCAAGCCCAGUCGGACGCCUCGCUCUCACCCCAGCUCUGAACUGAAAGUCCUCGGCACGCUCUCCAAGCAGGACAUCUCUGUUCUCAAUGCCGUGCUGACGGCCGGUCUGUAUGACAGCGUGGGCCGUAUCCUCUGCACUCCCUCUGUGGACGUUCAGGAUCGGGUGGCGUGUGUGGUAGAGACGGCUCAGGGGAAGGCCCAUGUUCACCCCUCCUCCGUCAAUCGCUUCCUACAGACCAACGGUUGGCUUCUCUUCCAGGAAAAGGUGAAAUACUCUAAGGUGUUUCUAAGAGACACUACGAUGAUCUCUCCUUUAUCAAUGCUGCUGUUUGGAGGUGAUAUUGACGUGCAUCACAGGGAGAGACUCAUCUCUCUGGAUGGAUGGAUCCACUUCCAGGCUCCAGUCAGAAUUGGCGUGAUAUUCAAACACCUUCGCAAGCUGAUGGACUCCCUCCUGGAGAGGAAAUUGGCCAAUCCUAGAAUGAAUUUGGAAGAUGAGAAGACCAUACAGAUCAUCACAGAACUGAUCAAGUCAGAAAACAUGCUCUGAGGAAGUGCCUGUUUGUAUUUAAUCAUGAAUUGACUAUAAAUUAAAUGUUGACAAACCUCACUGAGGGGUGAGACUGUAAAUUAUAUUGCCAAACCAUAAUAAAAAUAUUUUAAGACAAAAA